CACUCAUUACGAUGUAAACAAACUUGUAAACAUCGGUUGAGUAACAUCGUUCUGUUUUGCUUUUCGCACCAUGAAUCGCGCUAAAAAAGUGUCCUUUUUCCUUACCGACACCGGUCGGCAGGUAGUAUUUUACGGUGCAACAACCGUGGCAUUGGGAAUAUUCGCUGGCCAUUACUUUCCACACUCGAUAUGCAUCUCUUACUACAAGGAAUUUGUGCAAGCGUACAAAAAUGGACAAGAAAGAAAACUUUCCGAAAAGCUAGAGCAACGUUACAAGCGUGCAUUGGAUCUGCUAGAUUUGACAGAGUUUGAGAAAAAGUUUGCCUCCCCGUUCGUCGUGUACGGAUUCGAUGUGUUUAACGCGGGUUCGUUCAAAACACGGUACGGAGCGUACGUCGGUAUACCGUCGAACUACGAGUACGAUAGUGCGGCGGAAAUUGAUCGCGCGGAUAUCAAGAUACGUAAUCAACCGAUCGACUGGAACACAGAGCCGGGGAAAUUGCUCGAGGAUGCGCUGGUGCUGAGCGAGGACGAGCAGGUGUUUGGAAUUACGCGUGAACUACUCACCAUGAAGACGUACAAAACGCUCAUACAAUCCAUCAUUCCAACCGUCUCGUGGAUGUUUACGUACAGCUUAGCAUCCCAGCUAAAUGAGCGUUGUAACUUUUACGCACGGCCCCGAUCGUUACGACUGAUGCUGUACACGAUCUGUGGCCUAUUUGGAUUUGGCAUUUAUUCGUUCUCGACCGAUAUGACCGAAAUUUAUUACGAGACGCAUGUCGACAAGCAGAUGGCAACGCUCGGUCCGGAUGUGAUUGAUGCUGGUGCAAGGUUUUAUGAUAAGGUGUUGAAGAAAAAUGUUGCCAUCCGUAAGCUAACGGGGGAAGAUUACUAUACGGCCAAGGGUAAUGUGAACUAUUUGAUCCGACAAAAGGCAGCGCCGUUGACGUUGCGGAAAGAAUUUUUCCAAACAGGAUACAAGGAUUAUGUUGGCACGGAACAAACGAGUUAA